CGGCUCCCGAAAGUAUUUAACUUUGCUGGAUGGCACAUAACCGGAAAGAUAGGCUCGGAGAAUAGCUAUUUCAUUUCUGCAAAUUGAAAUACGAGCAGGAUUAUUCUCGAAAUAAGUUAGUAUACCUAUAGAUAUGGGGAACAAAGAAUCAUCGGAUUACUCUUCACAUGAUGAAAUACCAUGGAGCCCAGUUUAUGCAGGGAGUUCAGAGGAUCCUUACUAUAGGAAUGCACCGCAGUCCUCAUACAAGGACCCUUACUGUGGGAAUGCACCACAAGCCUCAUAUAUUCCUGAUAAUUUUAGCUCUCUAGACCAGGUUAUUUCUGCAUUAAGAGAAGCUGGUCUUGAAUCAUCCAACUUAAUCCUUGGUAUUGACUUUACAAAGAGCAAUGAAUGGACAGGUAAGCAUUCAUUCAACAGGAAAAGUCUCCAUGCAAUCGGUGACACCCCCAACCCAUAUGAGCAAGCUAUAUCUAUAAUAGGGCGUACAUUGUCUUCAUUCGAUGACGACAAUUUGAUACCCUGUUUUGGAUUUGGUGAUGCAUCAACACAUGAUCAAUAUGUUUUUAGAUUCUUCUCUGAUCAUCAAUAUUGUAAUGGUUUCGAGGAGGCUCUUGCACGAUAUAGAGAGAUUGUUCCUCACCUAAGAUUGUCAGGACCAACCUCAUUUGCACCAAUCAUUGACGCAUCAAUAGAUAUUGUGGAAAGAAGUAAUUGGCAAUAUCAUGUCCUUGUCAUUAUUGCUGAUGGACAGGUUACGAGGAGUCCUGAUAUACCACCUGGAAGAUUUAGUCCACAAGAACAAGCAACUAUCAAUUCUAUUGUUGCUGCUAGCCACUAUCCUCUGUCAAUUAUUUUGGUUGGAGUUGGUGAUGGACCAUGGGAUGCAAUGCAACAAUUUGAUGAUAACAUUCCUCACAGGGCAUUUGAUAACUUCCAGUUUGUUAAUUUCACGAAGAUCAUGUCUGAGAACAAGGAUAUGUCAAAGAAAGAAACCGAUUUUGCACUUGCUGCACUCAUGGAAAUUCCAUUUCAGUACAGAGCCACACAACACCUAAAGAUUAUGGAAGGUGAGAAAUUAGGAAUGCCUGAUAAAAGACCCCUUCCUCCUCCACGGGAAGUGAUUGAUCAUGAUAAUGCAGCAAAAACAUACAGACACACAACAAGCUUCCAACCAGUUGAGGAGGCAACCCCCACAGAACAGGUUUGCCCUAUAUGCUUGACAAAUCCAAAGAACAUGGCGUUUGGAUGUGGUCAUCUGACUUGCAAGGAUUGUGGUGCAAGUUUGUCAUCAUGCCCCAUUUGUCGUCAGCCAAUAACAACACGCCUGAGAUUGUAUUCGUGAGAAGAUGACUUCCUCACCUGGCUGGGAAUUGUAUUUUCUGGUUGCAGAAAUGAAACAGAAGAACGAGUUCUAACAUUCUUUAUAAGUUCAUAUAUCAUUGAAAAUUUGAUAUUCUGUGUAAAUAAUCCCUAGUUUUGUUCACUUUCGGUGUCAAAUGUACUUGGCAAAUGAUCCUGGGUGUGACAGCAAGAUCAAGGGUAUCAUAUUUAUUUAUUACCCAAAAAAAGUGUAUCAUAUGUGUAUAAGUACCUGAAUUCAACAGGAUUUAUAACUCUGGAAUCUUUACAUCAAUGCCAUAAUGGUUAUAAUUUUUUUAUUUAAA